AUGGUAUCCCCAGCAAUUCGAGUCGCGCCUAGCGCAGCAAACCGUGCUCUCAAUCUUCUCCGGACAGUACAAUAUACGCAUCCUCCAAACUGUCCCUGUCAUGGCAAUCCCGCCCACCAUCACCACCACAAAACCCCCGCCCUCCUCAACAAUGUCAAGCGCCACCUAGCCACGCCAAUUGACCGCUCACGCGAGAAAGAGUAUGCCUUUGAAAUGGCUGCAUCGAGUAUUCGCUUCGGGCCCGGCGCAACCAAGGAGGUUGGUAUGGACUUUGCCAACAUGGGCGCCAAGCGUGUUUGCAUUGUCACCGAUUCGAAUGUGGUCAAACUGGAUGCUAUGAAGCAGGCUGUAGAGGGAUUGACGAAAGAGGGUAUCGAGUUCACAGUGUAUGACAAGGUCCGCAUUGAGCCAAAGGAUAGUUCUGUGAGAGAGGCUAUUGAUUUCGUCAAGCCGUAUAAGCCCGAUGCAUUUUUGGCUGUUGGCGGCGGAUCUGUCAUUGACACGGCCAAAUUGAUGAACUUGUAUAACGCCUAUCCGGAAGCUGAUUUCCUGGACUUUGUCAAUGCACCCUUGGGCAAGGGUCUCCCCGUUGACAAGCCGCUGCUCCCACUCGUCGCCGUGCCCACCACAGCUGGAACAGGCUCAGAGACAACCGGAACAGCCAUCUUCGACCUGGUGUCCAAGAAAGCCAAGACAGGAAUCGCCCACCGCAACCUGAAGCCCACACUGGGAAUCUGCGAUCCCAUCAACACACGCACCAUGCCCCCAGCCGUGCAUGCCUCCUCCGGCCUCGACGUCCUCUGCCACUCACUCGAGUCAUGGACUGCCAUCCCCUACAACGAGCGCACACCGCGUCCUACAAACCCCAUCAACCGCCCCGCCUAUCAAGGCGCAAACCCCAUCUCCGAUAUCUUCUCCCUCCAAGCCCUCCGCAGUACGGCGCAGUUCCUCCCCCGCGCCGUGCGCGAUCCAGACGACCACGAAGCCCAGUCCAACAUGCUUCUAGCAGCGACACUCGCCGGCGUGGGAUUCGGCAACGCAGGAGUGCACCUCUGCCACGGCCUCUCAUACGGCAUCAGCUCCCAAAACCCGGGCUACAAGCACGCCGGCUACGAUGUCGACCACCCCAUCAUCCCGCACGGCGUCUCCGUCGCCGUGACCGCGCCCGCUGUCUUCCGCUUCACAGCCGCGUCCAAUCCGGACCGCCAUCUUGCAGCGGCGGAGGCCUUUGGCGUUGAUAUCUCGAAUGUCAAGCGGGAGAGUGCAGGCGAGGUUCUCGGCAAUGCGAUUGCAGAGUUCCUGCUCAAGCUUGGGGAUCAGCCUCGUGGUCUGAAGGAUCUGGGAUAUAAGGCGUCUGAUAUUGAUGGUCUUGUCGAAGGCACUUUACCUCAAAAGCGGGUCUUGAUGUUGGCGCCGAAUUUGAGUGAGGAGUUGCAGGCUGAGAAGAGUGAGUUGAGGACGUUGCUUGAGGAGUCUUUGGAUUAUUAG